CCUUAAUGCUCUUCUCUCCUAUGCGCGAAAUGGUGGGCGCGUCGUGUUUGGGUGCAUGAUUCCGAGCGAAAUGAAUGAUUCAAGCAUGAAGAAAUUCUUUGGCGAGAAACUUGGUCUUCCAUGGCGACUUGGGGGUUAUUAUCGCAGCACUCACUUUCUUCAACGAUUCCAUCAUGCACUUGGAUCUCCCGCCUCAGCGUCACUUCUAGCUUCCUACUCGAUGAAAGCUGUCAGUCUCUCUGGAGUUGAGGCCUUCGACGCAGUGUACCGUCCGGGAGAGGAUUCUUGUGUUGAAAGUUUCGUCUUUGAUCCUGACCCUGUCGAGAAAGAUUUGGUGCCUGUUGCAAUGACGCGAUACGGAAAAGGGUGGAUAGGAUGGAACGGAGAUAUUAACGCUGAGGACGGUUCCACCUAUGUGUUAUUGGCGAUGCUCGGUCUUUGAGACGCCACACGACCGGGCCAACGUGUUACGUGAGACGGACCUCCGUUGCGUUUGAGUGUUAACGCUUUUCGAGACCAUGUUGGGAGUGAUAUCUAGCCUGUCGAAUACCACAACUACAUUUUGAUGUAUAACUAAUGAUACAUUGACCCCAGUUCUAUAGAAGGUAUGAGUGCUCCGUUUA